AUGACUUCACAGUCCUGGCAAUGAAGGCACAAGAAACCCCCCUCAUCGCUGGCACCCAUGGUUGUGACCCUGCCCAUGGUUGUAACCCCUGUGCCUCAGACCCUCUCAAAAACUGGCCCUAACAUUGGUGCAUUUGGCUUCUUUUCUUUGGAGAAUAACACCGCUCUAUCCCAGCUGAUCCUUCAAAAGUUGAACAUGAAAAGCUAUGAAGAAUACAAGUUGGUGGUAGGGGGUAUUCCUGUAUCAGGCUUUGGAUUUCAAUGCCCUCAAGAAAUGUUCCAGAGGAUGAAGGACACAUUCUGAUCCUGUGCUCAAUGUCAAGCAUUUCCUAGUGACCUUUCGGACUCCAAGGUCCUCCAGCACUGCAAGAGGUGCAGAAAUGUCUAUUACUGUGGUCCAGAGUGCCAGAGGUCAGACUGGCCAGUGCAUGAGAGAGUUUGUCAAGACCUGUGACUUGUCAUGGACUGUCUCAUGAAAUGGCUUCUAGUCACAGGUGAUUUUGUCCUACCCUUAGUACCUUGGUCAUGGCCAACUGAGGUUGUACAAGGCUGGAACACCUGAAUUUCUAUGCGGGGGUUAGAGCUAGAUGCUACACUGGAUGCUGUGUGAGGUAGUCAUGCCAUGACCACCCUGUGGGCCAGUGUAAGAUAGCCAAGGCCAGACCACCAGCUGAAGCUGAAGCAGCUGCUGACAGAUGCCAUAUCAUGGCCCUUGACACCGGGCCUAGGGGAUACACGUUGGGAAGGCUGGGAGAAGCAAGUGCAUGUGGUUGGUGCCUCCAAUGUGGAGACGUUCCUCACUCGCCCUGAAGACUAGAAUGAGAUUGGCUAUUUGUUUCCUGGACACUUUGGCUUCCAUGUGAUCAUGGUUGGUAUAGAUUGACUAUCAGCUUUUCACAAAGCACCCCAACUUCACCCCGGAAACCUGGGUGUUCAGCUUAGCAGCCACAGGGGCCACCAUCAUGACUUAUGGGAAGAACAGGUAGAAAUUGGGCAGAUAGCCCAUCCAGAUUUGAUAGUGGGAUUCCACCCAGGGUUCCAUAGGUUUCCAUGCCACCUGGACUUUAUGAAGGCUUGGCUCCCCACCAUGCUGCUACUUUGUGAUUAUAAGAUCCCUACAUUGAUUUACUGUUUACAGGUUUUGACCUCUUUCUAUUUGUGAUAGCUCCCUGACUCACUCACACCUCCCUAUAUAGAGAUGAGUUCAUUUCUCUCCCCUUUGGUCAUCUUCUGCCUUCUUUUCCUUCCCACACUUGACUUUCUCAUUCCCCUGGAGUGAAGACCUAUGCUCCGUAACUGUGAUUUAGUGAGACAUUUGGGAGAGAUUUAAUGGAUGGCGAGGGGCCCUGGUAUCUGUCUUUCCAGAUUUAAGAGUUGCUAACAGUUUCCUUUGUAAGGAAGUUAUUCCUUUUGACUUGAGCCAGAUGGCAGUAUUCUAUACUAGAGGAUAAGAAUGAGAAGACAGCCAUCUUAUUCUUAGGAAAAAGACUUUCUUCUUAUCCAGCAAUUUGGGCUAAAUAUUAGAAAUAGGUGUUAAUGACUUGAAAUGGUGCAAGAAUUGACAAGUUAGGGAAGGGGUUGGGAACAUGGGGAAGGUUGUGAGGAUUGAUAUGCUGUUCUAUUUCCUGACUUUUUUGAGGAAAAUACCUCAUUUUAUCAUUUUCUGCUGGGAACUUCUGUACCUAGAGCAAAUUUUUGCCCUGAUGUUAUAUUUUCGAUAUCCUUGGGUAUAUCAGAUUUAAUCAGGUUUACUGGAGUUAUUUGUUAUCCUCUGGUCUAUAAUAAAAUAAACUCAGUUUUAUGCUUCUUCA